AGCUGAUUGGCCCGCCUCCCCGCCGGCCGCGACGUAGCUCCGCGCCGUGCGGAACAGGGAAGAUGGCGGCGGCGCGGGGCCCGGGCGGCGAGGCGCCCUUCGCGCGGCGCAUCGACCCGGGGCGGGAGCCGGGGCUGAGCCCCGAGCAGCGGCUGCUCAUGGCGCGGGUGGAGCGCGCCCAGCGCCACCGCGCGCUGCAACGGCGGCUCCGCGGCCGCAACGCGCUGCUGGCGCUCGGCAUCGGCGCGGCGGUGGUCGGGAUCUACGGCUACACCUUCUACUCGGUGUCGCAGGAGCGGUUCCUGGACGAGCUGGAGCAAGAGGCGGAGGCGGCGCGGGAACGGGCGCGGGAGCGGGCCGCUGGCGCGGCGAGCUGAGCGCGGAGGGCCCCGCCCGGCCCCGGCGAGCCCCGUGAGUCAGCCGCGGCCCCCGCGGGGCUGGACGGGCCGCCGGCACCGGGGGAUCGCCGGGGCACGGGCUGGGUGGGCUCCCCGGGCGCAGAGCUCCCUCCUUACAGCAGCGCCCUCGCUCCCCACAAUAAACGCCCCGUCCGGAGGCUGCGGCAGCGCCCGGUGUUCGAGCAGCGGGCGGCCGGCGCCCAGCUCGGGGUCCUGCCCAGGUGUCGGCCGGGAUGGGGCAAUUCGCA